AUGGUUGGGCCAGUCAGCCCCUCAAUGUGCGCUCUGCUGCGACGGGCGGGCAAACGCGACUUGAAGCAAGGGAGCCCUCGGACCGCAUUGAGGACGCAUGUGCAAGGCGGUCUGGAGACUGCAACGGCCGCUCUCGUCUCCACGGCCGCUGCGAGCCUGACAGCGAAUGGCGCAACGAGGGGUGGCUUGUGCGGGCCAGAGGACCAGCACCCACCACACUACCAGGCCAACGCUGACAGCAGGCUUGUGGCGGAAUCGGUCGAUGCGAGUGCCACAGGCGCGCAGAGUGCGCUCAUACCGCUGGGCAGCGCUGGUUGGGAGAGGGUGCAGAGUGCGCAAAUUGGCGGCCGGUCUGCGGCGUUGGGAGACAUGACGCACGGCAACAGACGUGCGGAGUGGGAAAGUGAAGUUGAGGGCUUUUUGGCAGAGGACUGUUUAUCAAGGGAAGAUGGAGGGGACUGGUCGUCGAAGGAGAACCCGAUUCCUUGGCAAGCGCUGCCGUCGAUCACGCCUGCCCGUCCUUGGAUCGUUUCACAGCCCAGAACAGGCGCGACGAGUCUCUCCCACUUGCACAAAAUCCGCUCCCGCCCGUCACCGCCAUAG